AUGUCCUUGAACUCGACUGCCGCUCCUGUCACCCUCACGGGGGAUGAUAUCAUCGCUGUUAUCGCCCAUUCUCAAGCCGAAAACUCAAUUGCUUUGAAGGCCAAGCUGGAAGAACUAGCGAAGCAGCUGGAGGUUGACAUACAUGUCCUGGUCCGUAACCGACUGAUCGACACCAACACCGGCCGGACCCUCCUUCACCAUGCCGCUAGAAAUGGCCACACAGAAUGCCGCUCUUCUGGGCGCAACCCGGGUGUUUGGACGACCACAGCCGAAAGCAAGGGAGCCCUCGAAUUCGUAUGCUGGCAACAUUGGAGGUUUGCAGGCGGCAACGGGCGUGAGCCCAAUAUGCUUAUUGGUCUCAAGCGGCACAUUAUCGAGACCUUACGGUUCGACUUCAGAGUGCGGUACCCGCAGACGAUCCUCUGCAAGCUUGUCAAAGAGAUCGCGGGAUCUGGACCCAUUGCCAAACAAUCAUGCAGUACGGCAUUCCAGAUGUCCUUCAAGGAAGACACCGAGUCCGAAGCAUGA